UGUGGAAACUAAUGGAAUUGAUACCCGUGAUUGCAACGAACGAAACCGUGAUGCCAGCACAAAAACAUGACUUGUCGCUGACGUACGCAAUCCUCCUUGGCGCCCUCAUACCUCUUACAUGUAUUGAGAACUGUCUGAUCAUAUUGUGCAUCUGGCGAACUUUUAAACUGCACACGAUAAAUAACAUGUUCGUGAUGAACAUGGCUGUGGCGGAUCUACUUGUCGGACUCAUCGCUGCACCGAUGACGUUACUUUUCGCGUUACAACUACCGAUAAUCUACGACCACUCGGCCUGUUUGGCAAGGUUUGGGAUCCUGUAUACAACAUGCGGUGCUUCUCUCAUGACCUUGACAUGCAUAUCUUUCAAUCGGUACUUGACAGUUUUACACCCGCUCUCAUAUCCACGUCGAAUGAAACCAAAACGAGUAAAGCAAAUCAUCGGUGUAAUUUGGGUGAUCAUAACCUUUGUAGGAUUUCUUCCCUUCGUGGGUUUUAGUACGUGGAUUGAAGGGAAACCAUGUGAUUUCUAUAGUGUGAUUUCAACGCCAUACGCACUAGUAGCCAUAUUCGGACUUGGAAUACUUUUAAUCGCAAUGUCGGGCUAUUAUUACGGAAUGAUAUUUUCAGUCGCCUACAGACAGAGACAACGAGAUCAGUGUCCAAACAGGAGCACAUCAUCAUCCCUCGGCACCGGACUUUUGAUGACAAUCUUUGUGUUGUUUUGGUUACCAUAUUUACUCAUGAGUCCCAUACGUUAUUUCUCAGACAUGAACAGGUCGCUGCUUAACACAAUCAAUAAUUUCACAAUCAUUUUAGCCAUUUCGAACUCCAUGAUUAACCCGAUUAUUUCAUUUGCGACGGACAAGACUCUACGAGCUGUUCUGUUUCAUAUGUGCGCGAUACGACCACAACAAGACUUAGUGUCGACUUCGUACCAUGCGACAGCUGUUUCUGGAGUGUUGAACACUUGGAUUGAGAACGAUCUGGAAAAGACACAGACGAUCAUCAAGAUGGAUGAUCUUCUUUUAAGUCCAUCAAUGCCAGCUAAUGACGUUUGACAAAAUCACCUUUUUAGGUUGAUGUGUAAAGCUGUAGAUAUCAUGUAUAUCUGUAAUGUGAUUGUGAGACCUCUGUGAUGUAUAAUGUGGGAAAAUGUAGCCAGUAGAGCACCCUGCGAAUGAACGAUUCAUAUGCUGCGGACUCGGACAAUAAUCACUCAUCUUCUAGGCAAUCACAAGUGCCUGCAAGAAGAACUGGCAUUGCUGCAAUAGAGCUGGUCGGUCGAAAGUAAUUUUGGGGAUGAAAAUCAGGGACUCCUAGAGUCAGCUUGGCCCUUUGAGCAACGCAAGCUGUGUUGGCAACCUAACGAUUUCCUGACAACCUAGUCAGCUACAAUAUCAUGAAAAUCAUCUUCAGGGUAAAAGCUAACUCCAGGGUUAACUGAUUGAAUCAAUUGAGAUAGCAUUUGAGUAGGUCAUGAGGUAACGAAUCUCGACCAUUGUAUAACCAACACGCCAAGAGCAAAACCAAUACAAUCAAUUUCUCCAGCACCUCAAAUACAGUUUUGGUUUCUAUCUAAGUUUACCCUCCAUUUUAGCACAACCGUUUUCCACGACCAAUGCUCACCAGCCAAAAGCAAUUGAAACAACUGAUAUGAUAUGAUACAUGUAUUUCAACACAACACUGCAUUUAAGAAAGGUUAUGUCUAUUGACGAAUUGAAGCAUGAAUAUACAUACAUUUUUAAACCUUUUAGUAUUGGGAGGUUUUUCAGACGGUAAACUUUGGUCUCUGAGUCUGAUGCCGAUUUUGCUAUUUUGGGUUUUAUCACAAACCGUUCUGACUGGAGCAGCAGCUGCAAAUAGCUCUCCCAUGGCCAUUUUGAGUAGCUGCCACACUUCUGUCAAAAUCCUCACCACUCUGUUACGCUGCAGGUCAGGGCGAUGCUUUUGACAGGUAAUUCAGUUAGCUCUCAAAGAAGUCGCCCAUGAUAUGCCAAGCUAGCUUGACUAAUUGGGUGAAAUUAUAUUCCAGGGCAGUAUAACCCAUUGGCUCAAGCAGCUGAUCCCACUGCCCAAAAUGUAGGGGAUUAUCAUACUGCUAGACAGGAGAGACCCUUAUGAGUAACUUCAUGUAAUUUAAUCCGACCUACCCGGUGCCUGCUCAUAAUCUCCUUUUAAUACUCUACAACAUGAUAGAGAAACUGUGAUUACAGGUAAAGCGUCAUUACAAUAUUUCAACACAGAUUAUCUGAGAGCACAAAGGAUCAAACGGACAGUUUCUUUACCAUGUGCUCAUUGUGCCUGUUGUAUAUCAUUUUUGAUCAAACUGAUGUAUAUAUAUGUUGUUUAUGAUGGGUUA